CGCACAUCGAGAAGAUCUUCCGCGCCUUGCCGCAUGGACGACAAACCAUCCCGAGCCCGGUCGGCCUCACCGGAGCGUGGUGAGCCCCGAAGCACACAUGCGAAAUUAUCCGGUGGUUUCAAAUGGAAAGAGAAACAACCUCGAAGUGACGACGCCCGGAAUCGCAACAGUGAUCAUCUCGAGCGAGGUUAUAGAGACCGCUCGCCUCGACGCAACGAUUAUCGCCGCGAUCACUUCGAUGACCGUCGCGAUCGGGAUGGCCCUGCGGACGAUUACAAACGGCAUCGAGAUCGUGAUUCCGGUCGCGAGAGAAACUACGACUCUCGGCCUCACGAUGGUGGUCGGGACAAAUUCCUGGACCGUGAACGGCCUCAGCGGCAAGAGCGAUCUGGGAAGGACGCCAAGGAUACGCAGGACAAGGCAAAGAAGGAGAAGGAUAAUAACUCAGCCCCUCCUCCGCCACAGCCACCGUCAGGGGAGCCAAUGAUCAUCGUCAACAUCAAUGAUAGAUUAGGUACCAAGGCUGCAAUCCCCUGUUUCGCAAGUGACAGUGUCAAGGCAUUCAAAGCUAUGGUUGCAGCGCACAUAGGUCGGCAGCCGCAUGAGAUAAUGCUAAAGCGACAAGGUGAGAGGCCGUUCAAGGACAUCUUGACCCUCGAAGACUAUGGUGUGAGCAACGGAGUACAGCUGGAUUUGGAACUCGACACUGGGGAUUGA